ACUCUCAUGUUUUAACAGUUCUAACAACGUCAACAAUCUUUUUUUCACGUAUAAACUGUAAACGAGUAACUGAAAUUCUGAAUAAUACUCUUAAAAAGCAUUCUAGUUAUUUUACAACUCUGAAUAAUGGACUAUUCAAAGUUUAUGGAUGCCAACUUUGAUGCUAAAGAAUGGGUCAAUUCAGCAUUCCGCAACCACAAAGACUCAGGAGUUUCCAAAGAUCAAUAUGCUACAACAAUGGUGAUGAAGCUGCAAGUUUUCAUUCAGGAAGUAAACAAUGUAUUGGAAGAAGCCAGUCAACAAGCUCUACAAAAUCUACCAAGAGUGGUGAGGGAGUUAGAUGCUGUGAAGCAAGAAUCUGUACUUCUUCAAGACCAAAUGAGAGUUGUUAAACAACAUAUUCAGAAGGUAGAGCAGGAUACAUCACAGUCCAUGCAAGCCUUGCUCAAGUUAGAUGGAAUCAAAUCACGCAUGAAGACUACAGCUGAUGCUCUUAAGGAGGCAGAUAAUUGGACAACUCUUAGUGCAGAUAUAGAUGAAGUCUUCCAGUCUCAUAACAUCGAUGAAAUCACUGACAAGUUAUGUGGGAUGCAGCAAAGCCUGCUGAUGUUGGUGGACACGGCAGACUAUGGAGAAAAAUGUCUGCAGCUUGAGAAACUGAAGAACAGACUGGAGGCCCUGUUGAGUCCUCAGUUGAUUGCUGCGUUUAAUGCUCAGUCCCUGGAUCAGACUCAAAAGUAUGUCAAGAUUUUUGAAAGUAUAGAUCGUCUUCCUCAGCUGUAUAAAUAUUACCAUAAGUGUCACAAGAACAAUUUCCUCCAGAGCUGGAAGACAACUUGGGAUUCCAGCCAGACCAAAUCUGCUGUGAGUGAUCUCUACGACCUGCUGUUGUCAGCAUGGCACACCCAGAUCAAGUGGUCAGCGCAAGUCUUCCCUGAGCCUGUCUCCAUUGUCCUUGACCUCUUGACCCAAACCCUGACAUCACUGAGCCCACCUCUUCCUACUGUGUUUAACACAUUGGUUGGGGAAAGGGAGAAAACCCUUGAUGUUCUUAUAGAGCUCAAACAGAUUUCUGGCAGAUUUGCCAAAAAUUUAGUUAGUGCUGUUGAAACUUACAUACAAGAUGCAAGUUUUCAACACUCCAGCAGCAUCGAGCAGCUGCUUAAAGCUAUUUAUAGCCCGUACCAGUUGUAUACAAACAAGUACCGUAUAUAUGAGGAGGUGGCUCUCACUAAACAUCUAGACUCAAUUAAGUUGGAUCAUGAGGAGGUCAUUGACACAGUCCAGCUUUUGGCGGAAUCUGUGACCAAGUUUUUCUCUGCCGCAAACUCUGCAAAUGAGCGCUGUAUAAUGUUGACUAAUGGCUUCUGUUACUCUGGUCUACUGGAUGCUUACAAGACUUACUUUGUUGCCUACACAAGAGAGUUCCGGCGAGUCCUUAUCAACAUAAAAGAAAAAUGUCGCACUGGUGCCAGGGUAGAUAUUGAGGAUUGGUCAGAUUUCCAGAACGCCCUUAGAAUUAUUCAAACUUGUGGCAAUUUACUGAUGCAGACAGAGGAGCUGGACACACUUGUGGCUAGCAGUGUCCUGGAUACCCUGGGUCAUUUGGUGACCUGCCACUCUCCCACUAAGGAGAGCAGCCAACUGGUGCUGUCCUCCUGUCACACAUUCCAGUUCCAAGCCUCCCUGUUCCUCAGCUCUCACACAGACACAGAAAGCCUGGAGAAUCUGGUACACAAGUUAGAAGAGGGAGAGAGCCCGCCCGUGUUUGCUGAGAUCACCUCAGACCUAAGCAAGCUAAGUGGAGAGGUCCAUAGGUUUGCCUUUGAUAUUGUUUUCAGCCAGCUCAAAAACUUUCUCAGUGCCGUGUCUGGUAUGGAGAUUUGGACCUCUCAGAGUUCAGGUGGUGCUAUGACCUCUGACCUCCCGACCUUUAGCCUUUCACCCCAGGAAUACAUUACCAAGGUUGGUCAGUACCUGAUGACUCUACCCCAGCACCUGGAUCCUUUCACCUUACAGGACAGUCCGGCACUGACCAUAGCCCUCAAGCAUGGGAGGUUACCCUACACAAACCACCAAGAAGUCCCUGACCACCUGGCUGAUUUAUGGCUGGAGUCUGUUGCCAUGGGAACCAUGCAUACCUACACAGAGGAAAUUCUAAAAAUACCCCAGUUGACAGCACAUGGCUGCAAACAACUUGUAACAGAUAUAGAAUACCUGUGCAACGUCCUGGAAGAUUUAGGCCUGAGAAGUUCGGACACGUUGAGCCACAUCCACACCCUACUGCAGGUCAAGCCUGAACAAUUUGCUGACACGGCAGAACUGCUGCCUCAGAGGGUAUCUCACACCGUGGGCAGCAUGAGGGGAAUACAAGUGUAAUAUAGCGGGGUUUAGCCAUACAUCUGUAUAAGUGGGUUUUAUAUGGGUUUUAUAUUGAAUUAUUUACUUAUCUUUUGUGAUAGUAUUUCUUUAAUUUAUGUUAAUUAAUUGUUAUAAAUAAACACAAUGUAUAUAUG